CGGUUGGUUGUGAGUCAACAAUUAGAUAUGUCAAGAUGAAGGGGGUUUCUGUAUUUUUUUUCGUCAAAGUAAUUGCGUUAAAUGUUCUCUGAACUGAUAAAUCGAUUACUUAUCAUAAUUACAAAAGAUCUGUAAAUCAUUUGUGUUUAAAUGUAAACAAAUUAUUUUAAAGAACAUUAAAUAAUGGAAGCUGUGCCUAGACUACCGAUGAUCAGCUUUGAUCUGCUCACCUCUGAGAAAGUCUCGUUUGGACCAUGCUUGAAACCGUAUAUAUCGAGCUUUUAUCAAGAGGACCCAGAAAGUUAUAAUAAUGAAAUAUAUAAUUUGGAAACCUUACGAGUGAGUGCUGUGUGGCCUUCUGUUGACAUUAUAAAUUGUCAAGUUCUUAAAAAGUAUUACUGCCAAUUGCAUUUCUUGAAGUCACGAUUCCCUAUGGAAGAGAACCAAGUUGCUGCCGCUUAUUUUUCAUGGAAGGAUGAUUAUACCAAAAUGGCUUCAAGUGUUCAAGAUAUAAAUUUUGAAUUGAUGAGUAUUUUGAUAAAUAUAGGAUCAUUGCAUUCAAAGUUAGGAGCUGAGGAUAGUAGGAAUACUCCUGAGGGAAUGAAGAUGGCCUGCACUCAUUUUCAAUGUGCAGCUUGGGCUUUCCAAACAGUCCGAGACAAUUACUCCAGACUGAUACAUUUAAUAAUGUCUUCUAGUGAUCAGAUUAAAGGUAUGCAAAUCAUUUGCUUAGCCCAAGCACAGGAAUGCAUUUUAGAAAAAAGUUUAUUGGAUAAUAGAAAGGCAACCAUCAUUGCUAAAAUUGCUGUACAGUUGGCUGAAUAUUACAAUAGGGCAUUGCAGUUGUUCUUUCAGCACAGAGGCUUUGAUGGAAUUGUUGUUGAUAAUUUUCCAAAUAACAAGUACAUAACUCAAUAUCUCCAAUUCAAAAUAUUAUAUCACAGAAGUAUUGCACUGUUGUAUCAAGGGCAGCAAGCAGAGGAACAACAGAAAAUGGGCGAAAGAGUAGCGUUCUAUCAGGCUGCUUUAGAGACACUAGAAGAAGCCAGAAAAGUGGCUGAAAAAAUUUCAAGUUCAUACCAAGGUCCAUUCAAAGAAACCUUAGCGUUCACACAUGAUGUAAUUGAAGGGAAGCGUAAAGCAGCCACCAACGAGAAUGAAUUUAUUUACCAUGAGGAAGUGCCAAAAUUGGACACUUUACAAGAGAUUAAAGGGGCUUCUUUAGUAAAAGGAAUUCCAUUCAAUAUUCACGAUAUAGAAGUAUCCGGACCUGAUAUCUUUGGCAGGUUGGUUCCCAUGGAAGCUCAUGAAGCUUCAUCUUUGUACAGUGAGCAAAAGGCUCAGUUUUUACGCCUCAUCGGUGAAAAUAUUGACAAAAAAGAUCAAGAAUUAAAUGAGUUCAUGGCCUCUAUGCAAUUAGAUGUGUUGCAUCAUAUGAAAAAUGCUUCUGGUUUGUCUCAAGAAUUGGUGGAUAGAGCAGCGUCUAUGGUUGGGAGACCAAACGCUACUAAAGAGUUGAUAGAAGCUAUGGGAAAACUUUCAAAUACCUAUCAAGAGGUUGAAGCAAUGUUGAGCGAUAUCAGUGAAUAUUUGAAAGAAGAGGAUCAGGCUGAAAAAGAUUAUCAAAAUCUAAUGGGAAAGAGACCCCCAAGUAUAAUAGCAACUGACUUAUCCAGAGAGUUUUCUAAAUAUCAAGAAGCUCAUAAUAAAGCAUCCGAAUCCAACCAAAAUUUACACAGGGCGAUGAUUACGCACGUAGCAAAUUUGAAGAUUUUGGGGCAACCGUUGAAUCAGUUGCGAAUGCAGAUACCAAGCCUUCAGUUGCCUGAUCCAAAUGUAGAUGAGACAGUUGUGGAGCAAUUAGAUAAUUUAUUGUCUAAAGUAGAGGAAAUGAAGACUCAACGUGUAAAUUUAUGGGUUCAGUUAAGAGAUUCUGCACACCAGGAUGAUAUCACAAACGCUUUGGUCACACGAGAACCUGACCAAACUUUGGAGAGCGUAUUUAAACAAGAACUUGAGAAACAUAAAAAAUCUGAAAGUAUAAUAGAUCAGAAUUUGGUGGCUCAAGACAAUAUUUGCAAAGCAAUAGUUGAGAUUUAUGCUAAAUUCACUCCAUCUCGCAAGUAUUUGCAAGAUAUUUUGCAGAAAAGAAGCACCACCAUUUCCGCGUUGAUAGCUUCUCAUGAUACUUAUGAUGAUCUUUUAGCGAAAGCCAAUAAAGGUAUAGAAUUUUACAGUAAACUGGAGACAAAUGUGGCGAAGUUACUGCAGCGUAUUAAAAGUGCAUGUAAAGUGCAGCAAGAAGAACGGGAACAAAUAUUGAUUAAGAAUGGACACGUUAAAAAGAUUAGCGAACAUAACGUAGUCCAAAGUAAUAAACCGAAGCUGAAGGAUUAUUUAGAUUCGAUGAAAGAGAAGAAAAUUGAAUCGGAGCAGGAAUAUAUUCCACCGCAAUUAGGAUACUCUCAGCAAUAUGCUAAUUCUGUAAGUACGAGCACUUACGGAAGUCAUGGUUAUACCCAGGUCAACUAUUCCGAUAAGAAUAUUGAUAAUUGCUUGGUGGAUCGGAUGAAUUCCUUAAAAGUUGCAAACAAUAGCAAUUAUCAGUAUAACUAUACAAACUCGCAAGCUUAUAAUUAUCCAGUUACAAACCCAGUGUAUACAGUUGAGACUUGCGAUGUACCACCAACUUCGGUUAAUCCGCACUCGAAUUAUUCGAAACCUGCGUCAUCCUAUCAAACUGUAUCAAGUACUAAUUACCCGUAUGUGGCAGCUUCGGAACAAUCGCAGAAGGUUAAUGGAGUUUUACCGUUUACUUAUUCUACUGCCCCGAGUGGAGUUGGAAAUACAAUGAGUUAUUCAAGCAACUAUUAUAAUUACAAUCAACAGUUUCCCACGACAUCUACAUAUUCUCAAAAUGCACAACAACCUACAAGCCAAUUUUACAACUAUCAAAAUGACGGAAAGAACUACCAAUACUAUGAUGCAUCGCAGAGUACUUCUUAUGCUGCAAAUCCUAAUACUUCUAAUGCGUAUCAAUACCAACAGCCGAACCAACAAAAUUCUCAAAUAACUAAUACACCCAACCAAUAUAAUCAAGAGAAUCCAUCAGGUGUGUAUCAAUACCAACAAGCAAAUACUGCUUCGCAACCGAAUAAUGCUGCAACAAGUUAUAAGCAAGAACCUGCUGGUACUGCAUAUUCAUACCAACAACCAAGUACUACAACUCCGCAAAUGAACAACACUCCGGCUUCAUACAAACAUGAUGCUGCGAAUGUGUACUCUUAUCAACAACCAAUCACAACACAAGCCACUAAUUAUAAACCUGACAUCCAGACUAUGUAUCAUCAACCUAGCACGUCAACCCCGCAGAUCAAUAACACAGCUACGUUAUAUAAGCAAGACAAUUCAUCAAGUGCAUAUGCUUAUCAACAACCAAUUACUUCAACUCCGCAAGUCGGCAGUUCAGCAAAUCAGUACAGCCAAGAAACCCCUUCCAAUGUUUAUCCGUAUCAGCAAGCUAACAUUUCAACGCCACAAAUCGACAAUACCAAUCAGGAAAAUAGUCAGUAUUCCCAAUAUUCGCAAAAUCCCUACAACUAUCAAAAUGCGGUCACUCCAAAUGCAUAUGGACAAGCAAAUAAUGCCAGUCCGAAAAACUAUCCAAAUCAAUACAAUUAUGCAUCUGGUAAUCAAUAUCCCCAAACUACGACCCCCUACAAUUAUUCACAGACUUAUCCAAAUGCAUACAAUCAGUAUCCUCAGCAAUCAAACACCCCGGAUCCAAAUCAGCCAAGUUACGGUGCUUACAACAAUUAUUACAAUCAACAAACCUAUCAACCUGCUGCUGCCGCUGCCCAAAGUCAGCCACAAGCGGUUGCGCAAAAUGCAACUAAUACAUCUAAAAAAGAGAGCAGCAUUGAUUUAUUGGCUGGAUUGGAUUUCUCAAUAAGCCAAGCGCCUUUGAUUCCACAAAAGGAAGCCGCUAAACCAGAACCACCUAAAGCUGAAUCUAAGCCGGAAACUGUACCAGCAAAGAAAUCGGACGAAAAGAAAGCUGAUGCUUCGACAUCCGCGCAAGUGAAAAAUAAAGAAAAAAAUAUAAAAAGAGGAGAGCCAUUCAGAAAUUCCGAAAUUAUCCGACAUUUCAUACAGGAAGUUGAUAAAUUCGAGAAAUACGUGGAGGGAUUGAACGUUAAAACUUUGUCAGGUCCAAGCACGUUGGAACUAAAAUGGAAGGAGAUUCAGGACUGCCAGGAAAAUGUGGAUUUAAACAAAAGGAGUAUAUCUGUUGCUAGAUGUUAUCCAUUGAAGAACCGAAGCCCCGACAUUUUACCGUACGAUUUUAGCAGAGUGAUUUUGACUUCGUCCAAAGAUGAUUACAUUAAUGCUUCUCAUAUAAAAGAUGUAAAUCCAUAUAGUAUGGAUUUUAUCGUUACCCAAGCACCAACGACCCUGACACUAGCAGAAUUUUGGACCAUGAUUUGGGAACAGCAAGUGGAAACUGUAGUCUGUCUUUUAUCAAAUAACGAACUAAAAGAUGAUGUAUAUUGGCCAAAGGAAAUUGGAAAGGAACUGCCUGUCUCAUCAAAGUUCAUAACUAUGUUGAGUUGUACUGAAAAGGAAUUUUGGACUGAACGCAAAUUAAAUAUAAUGUUGCCGGAUCAAAAGGAAAACCGAAUCGUAACUUUGCUUCAAUUUACUGCUUGGCCUGGAAGUUUGUUCCUAACAAAUCCGUUGCCGUUCGUCAACUACUUGAAAGAGAUUAUAACGGUGUUCGAUCAGCAGAAAUGCAAUGGAAAUCCUGUUCUGGUUCAUUGCAUGUCCGGCGUCGGACGCAGCGGAAUUGCAUGCGUCCUUUUGACUGUUUUGAUGGAACUGGCGGCAACAGCUUGUCCAUUACCCGACAUUCCCAGUGUAGCUUGUAAGAUGUCUUGCGCAAGGAAGAAUAUCUUAAGAGACAGAGAGCAUUUGAAGUUUGUGUAUACCGCACUUCUGAGCUACAUUCAAGCAUUGAAACGCGAUUAUACAAAGAGUGAUAACGAGAAGGCUGAUGAGGUGAUGCAGAUGCCUAAAACUGUCGUCGAUCCUUUCAGCACCCUGGAUCCGCUUUGGGCUACGAAGAAAAUGUGAGUUUUACUAUCCUAGAUUAUAAAAAUUUUGUAAUUAUUUCCUUAUAAAUAUUAUAUACUCAACAAGAAAAAAAAUAAUA